AUGCCCAAGCUCGAUUUGAUGAGCAGGGUGCGUGAAGCACGAGCUUCUGGUCUCAGCAACCCGGCUUGGCUAACAGCGCACCCAGAUGAAGUUAAUCAGGUUCCAUCGCGGGAGCAUGACCGCACUAUACGAGUCCACGUUUACAACACGCGCAAGGAAGUCCAAGGGCCUGUGCCAGUAUUAAUCAACUUCCAUGGGAGUGGUUUCAUCAUGCCCUUGCAUGGCAGCGAUGACGAGUUUGCAUUGUCUGUGGUGCGCAAUACUGGCUACAUGGUAUUGGACUGCUCCUACCGGCUAGCUCCUGAGCAUCCCUGGCCAGCCGCUCUACAGGAUGCUGAAGACGUUGUUCGCUGGGUGCUGGCACAACCAGCGCGUUUCGAUCUGUACAGCCUUACACUUAGUGGCUUUAGCGCUGGUGCAAAUCUGGCCUUGGUGCUUAGUACGGAAGUUCUUCGUGCGCACACUGUCAGCCAGGUAGUCGCUAUCUAUCCGGUCACCAACUUGGCGUGUAACUUCCGGCUGGAGUUGGCACCGGAUACCACGGGCCCGGAUGCACUUCCCGUUGAGAUGAUGGAGCUUUUCGUCGAAGCUUAUUUACCUGUGAAUUGCGAUCCCGGGAAUGUUUUUGUCUCGCCUGCGUUCAGCCCAGUUGAGAAAUUCCCCAAUCGUCUAUUUAUUGCUACUGCGGCCAGAGAUCGUCUUUGCCCGGCAGCAGAAGAACUGGCUGAAAGAAUCGGCAAGACAAAUAAGUAUGUGGAGACAGUCAGGUUUUCUGGAUGCGAACAUGGGUUUGACCGGGAAUACAUGCGCGGCUCGCUGGAGGAAAUGGCAAAAGAUCAUCUGUAUGAUCGGGUGGCUGCAUUCUUGAACGGUUGUUGA